AUGGAAAUGCAACUCCAAUUUCCUAGAAAAUGCAGCAAAGGCCAUACAUCAGGGGAAAAUGAGCGUCAGCAUCAGAAGAGUUUGCUGUACCAUACACAAUCCUUAACAAUAGGGUAUGGAAUAACUAUAAACACAAGCUGCCCCGUGGGACCAAAUUGCCCAUGUAUCAAACGGGCCUGUCCUCCAAACCAACUGGAAAAAUGUGGAAUGCGUUACAGACAGCCCCAAAGACCCAGAUCAUACAAACCCAUAAGGACUUACUGUUGUCCACUUCUGCCAAUGGAUGGUUGCACAGUAUAUAAAACAUCCUAUAUGAAGCACUGUACUCGGCGAACAGGACCAAUUCCUCCAAGAAAUGCACUCUGCAUACCUCAAGGAUUAUUUUCCAGGGAAACUACUCAGCAGGUGGCUUUUCCAGAUUGUUCACCAAAUGUAAAUUUGUUCAUAAUUCUAAAAAUCUGUCUCGUGACAUGUUUUCCCAAAACACAUUUACCUUCAAGCUUGUAUCCCAAUACAUUCAUAAUCUGGGAAAUUUCUAGGUGCCAGUCAAUAUAUGCAAACCAAAUAGCACCUCUAGUGCUUGAGGAGUUGUCUGCUUGA